AUGUUAUCCAACCUCGCCUCAAAACUAGGUCUCACCUCCAAACCCGCAUCCCAAUCCUUCCUCAAACCACGCGACCCUUCCAAGAACAUGCUCACCAAAGUAGACUACACAUCAAACGACAUUCCCAUCCCUGAUGAUUUCCUCUCUUCUCCGCCUGAAACCCCAAUAACGACUCAUCCCAUCGACUUUGCAAACUCUCCUCUUCCUCAGUACGAUGGCCACACGGCUAUCGUGCUAGACAAUGUCCUCUCACCAGAAGAAUGCAACCAACUUCUCUCUCUAGCUGAAGCGUCUGUUCCAAGACCGGAUGAGAGUGCUCCGGCUUGGAAACCUGCUUUGAUAAGCGCCGGUCCUGGAUGGGAGGCCCCAGCGCCCGGGUACAGGGAGAGUGAUAGGAUUAUAUGGAAUCAGCAGACUGUUGUUGAUCGCCUAUGGGAGCGCUGCAUGCUCUCCAAGGGGCUGCGGGAGCUUCUGGCCGUGGUGCCGCCGCAGCCCUAUAUGAAGGGUGGGAAAUGGGUAUUUAGUCGGUUCAACGAGAGGAUGAGGUUCUUGAAGUAUUCACCGGGACAAUUCUUUAAACCUCACUGCGACGGUCCUUUCUACUAUACCGAAGGUCCAGGAAAAGAGUUUGAGACUUUCUACACUGUUCACCUGUACCUCAAUGACUCUGUUGAGAAUGAUCCAGCAUCGGAACUUGAGGGUGGCGCAACUUCAUUCCUUGACAGAAAGGGAGAGAAGAGAGUCGACGUGAACCCCAAAACUGGAAGCGUUCUCAUCUUCCAACACAGAGGGCUUUUCCAUGAAGGAGCAACGGUGCGCAAGGGGAUCAAAUACACCAUGAGGACAGAUAUUCUCUACGAAUGGGUGCCUGAUAAGGAAACGGAAGAGGCCAACUAA